UAGGAACAUGCUGCUAUCAUCACUUCGUUAAAACACCGUUAAAAGAUGGCGGGCAAUUAUCAUGUCAUGUUGGCCGUGUUGUUCAUCAUACACACCACCAAGCUAACAUGGGCUGGUUACAAUUGCAUCAGUCGUUGUAGUUGUUCGUUGUUAGAAGGGGAGAUCGUAGCUGAUUGCACCACACUUAAUUUCACCAACAUACCAGUACCGGAGGCUUACCAGGUUAACGAACUCGUGAUGGAUUUUAAUCAUAUCUCCGUCCUCAAGGCUCAUGCUUUUAUCAUGUUCACGAAACUCACGAUUAUAUCAUUAAGGGGGAAUCGAAUGCGAGUAAUUGAGACUGGAGCCUUCAUGGGACUUGACAGAUCAAAGUUACAGAGGUUGGAUUUGUCACUUAACCAACUGAACAUGAUUCCCACGCCCGACCUUCAACUCCUAUCCCCAACCCUCGCCUCGCUAUCACUAUCCUACAACGCACUUCGUAGAUUACCAUCACAGCUAGCAGGGAUGAAGAACUUGGUUGAACUUGACGUUUCUCACAACUCGCGCGUUUCUGUUUUGCCGGAAGGUAUUUUCCCGCCAUCCCUCCUCAUACUAAACAUCUCACACACCUCAAUCAGCAACUUUAGGCGGAACGACUUUGAUAAAUUAACCGAACUAAACGUCCUUAUCAUGAGCGACAACAUGGCGUCGUGGUCGGUCAACUUUGAAACCGGUAUUUUCGACAAAUUGAUCGCUCUUCGAUAUCUUGAUCUUUCCCAUUGCAAUUGUAAACGACUACCUGCUGACAGUUUUACAAAGUUGUCGAAAUUAACGACGUUACUCCUCCGUGCGAAUCGCAUUAACAAGUUACCGAUCUUUAAAGAAACUUUAGAAGUCUCCACAUCGGGACCAACCACCACAUCGGGACCAACUACCACAUUGGAACCAACUACUGCCGAGUCGAACUACUGGGACAAUAUAACUACUGUGGUUUCUUCUAUAAACUCAACGGUUCCUUCUACAAAGUCUACCCCAACCACAUUUGCCCCGGUUAUGGAGAAAUGGUUCAACCCGAUGCUGCAAACACUGGAUAUGUCAAACAACCGACGACUCACAAUAACCGACAACGGCCACAUGUUCGCACCCGCCAUGAACAUGCUGGAAUUAUCAAACACUAAAAUCAACGUCAUCGGGAGUGAUUUGUUCUCCAACCUAAAGAACCUUCGAUACCUUGGCUUGUGUAGGAGUCGUAUCAUUGAAGUGUCAACCAAUGCUUUGACCAACUUGUCAAACCUCACUCGGGUGUGUUUAUCAGGGAAUCCCCUAGACCGCAUCCCGGUACUUCCCCCUUCGGUGGAAACCGUAAAUUUGGAUAAAACCCGCAUCGUGAACCUGACAUCAUACAGCAUGGGUGACCUCAACAAACUUAUUGAGUUAAACUUGACUGCAGGUAGCCUACAUGACGUCACCGAUGACGUAUUUAUAAACAUGGAGCAUCUGGUUAAGGUUAAUCUUUCCUCGAAUGCCAUGACGAAGAUAAAUCAACGUACAUUCUAUAUAAGAUCUUCGUCACUACAAAUUCUCGAUCUUUCCAACAAUGACGUCAGCAUGAUCCAAGAUAACGCGUUCUCCUCCCACUCCGGGCUUCGAACCCUCAACCUUCGGGCCAACCAACUUGACGAAUUAACCGAACGAACCUUAAAAGGCUUGCAUGGCCUUGUUGAAUUGGACCUGGCUGAUAAUGGGUUGAUUGAGAUUGCGCCGUUCGCUCUCAAGGAACUCACCAAUUUAGAGAUUCUGUCCUUGGAAAACAACGAGCUUGAGGUGAUUUUCGAAUCUCAAUUAUCGCAAUGCAGCAAACUAUCAAGGCUCACCCUACAUAACAACCAACUGCUGAUUAUUCACCCACAACGUUUACCAUCUCUAACCAUGCUACACAUCGGCCACAAUAACCUUACAGAGUUUCCCCGCAUACGAGCGCCGUUGCUCGAAUCGAUUGACGCUUCGUAUAAUAAUAUACAGGAAAUGACGUAUGGGAUGUUGGAAGGCUACCAUGGACUGUUGAAACUCGAUUUAAAAAGCAACCCCAUGCUCGAUGUCGACUACGCUGCCUUUCGCGACGCUACUAACCUAACUGAGCUUAACUUGGCGAAAUGUAUGGUUGGGUCCUUUGUUGACCAGCCCAUGCCUUCACUUAAGACUCUUUUCCUUGGCGAGAACAGCAUUACUGAGAUGAAUGACGAGUUCUCUUUCGUGUUGCCCUCCUUGAUCAGACUUGAUAUCUCGUUCAACAACCUGACCAACAUUAACUCAAGUAUCUUGGACUCUACCACCUUGGCGUCAGUUGAUUUCACUGGCAAUAACUUUAUAUGCGACUGCGAGCUGGUGCCGUUCGUGGCUUGGGUGAACAACAUGAACGAAAACCUUCACGUUAUAGUCCUUGGAUCGCCCGAGUACAUGUGUGCUGGUCCUGCAUCGGCAAUGAGCCAGGCAGUACUGCAUGCUGUGGGCGAGUUGGAUUGCACACCGCCCAAACCGUCGCCACAGAAGGGGACAAUAGCCAUGGAAGUUGUACUUGCUGUGGUGGCAACAGUCGUCCUCCUGCUGUCAGUCACAAUCGCUUGCUACUGCCGCAGAAGAGUUGCAACCUCUAACGCGUCAUCCGCGUCAUCAAUGGAUGACACGUCAUCAAACCAAGGCGUCUCGCUUCACUGCUGCGAGUGGAUCGCUGUUAACCUUAGGUCACGCGCAAUCAUGCGUGGUAGGUCACGUGAGAGAGUGACGUCAGAUGACGAAACCAGGGACCUUAUGAACGCGACACCACUCGCUUCGCCUUUAGGGGAAGACGCCCCAGAACUCCUGUGAUAAAAUCUCCUCACUCCUGGUUUCGAACCUUGUACCACUCGUUGUGGGGUGUGGUAUAUUAAGCAGAGAAGGCCUGCGUUAUGAGUUCCAGUCGUCGAAACAUAAACACUGUAACUUCCAGCGCUGGUGUUCGAACCUAUUAAGUCUGGUUCACACCCCAAACUUUUCCAAGGUAACGACGUUGGCCUGUAAGCAAUAUCCAUGAAGUGUCUUUAUAUGUGUUCUUGUAAUUCAUUCACGACCAUGUCGGCCAUAACUGGGUCUUUGCAAACGUUAAAGCCCAAAUUUCCCAAAUCCAUAAAGAAGUUUGCUACCUCUGUGUUCGGACAACAAGAACAUUACAGCGUUGACAGUAUUACCCAAAUAACUACCAGUUUUAACUUUUAUACAAGUAAAAUUUACUCAAUACUCCGUGUGUGUAGUAUGAGUGUCCCGUCAACUCAAACCCCGUCAGCUUGAAGCCUUGAAGCUGUGGUUUUUAAUCGUGGGGUCGUUUAUAGUACGUACCAGUUUUUACAACUCCCACAAAAGCCACUUAAUACGUUGUGUAUGUUUUCCUUGCCCUCUUUUUCUUCACUGUGUUUCUACGCAUGCCAAGGUGUUAUCAUGACGUCACCGACUCCCUUUUUCUUCAGUUUCCAAAUCUCCGCUGUUGCAUUUUAUUCGUUCCUGCCACGAUGUAUACGGAUUUUAAAAUAUACAUUUCUUUGU